AUGUCUAAAUCCAUUGAUAUUAUACCAUCCUACCUAUCAGAGAGAAGAAUCAUAAUAGAGGCCGAAGGGUUACAAAAAACUGUGAUGGUAAAUAGCGGUGUACCACAAGGAUCAGAAACAUUAGAUCUGGAUGGAAAUAUAGAGACAGGGUCAUGCAGUAAAUACACCUACCUUGGGACUCAGAUAGAUUAUACCGGGCGAACAGAGAGCGAGGUCGAGGAAAGAAUACUGAAAGGCAAAAAAGUCAUCGGGUGCCUAAACUCAGUAUUAUGGUCCAAACACAUCUCAUAUGAGAAAAAACACACUAUUUAUAAUUCCAUCUUUAAAAGUAUAGUUUUAUAUGGAUGUGAAACAUGGCAGCUCACUAGUAGAAUGGAACAAAGACUAUUAGCACUCGAGAUGGACUUCUGGCGAAGAUCUGCGGGAAUAUCAAGAAUGGAAAGAGUAGCGAAUAUAAAGAUAAGGGAAAUUAUGCAUGUCCAGCAAACCAUAAUAAAUGAAAUAGAGAAAAGACAGCUGGUAUGGUAUGGGCAUGUAGAAAGAAUGAGUGAGGACCGAAUACCGAAGAAAGUUCUGAAAUGGAUACCAUCAGAAAGCAGAAAAAAGGGAAGGCCGAAAGCAACAUGGAUCGGAGGAAUACAUAAAGCUAUGUCGGAGAGAAACCUUCAUCCAGGUGAUUGGGAGAAUAGGAAAGGCUGGCAACUAAGUACCGGAAGGCGUAGGACGCUAUGA